AUGGUGGAACUUAACCAUCAAGUAAAUCUGGCGGGGCUUAAGAAUCAAGUAAAGCUGGCGAAGCUUAAGCAUCAAGUAAAGCUGGCGGAGCUAAAACUUCAGGUAAAGCUGGUGGAACUUAACCAUAAAGUAAAGCUGGCGGGGCUUAAGCAUCAAGUAAAGCUGGCGGAGCAGAAACAUCAAGUAAAUCUGACGGAGCUUCAACAUCAAGUAAAUCUGGUGGAGAUUAAACAUCAAGUAAAGCUGGUGGAGCUUAAGAAUCAAGUAAAGCUGGCGGAGCUUAAACAUGAGAUAAAGCUGGUGGAACUUAACCAUCAAGUAAAGCUGGCGGGGCUUAAGCAUCAAGUAAAGCUGGCGGAGCUGAAACAUCAAGUAAAGAUGGCGGAGCUUGAACAUCAAGUAAAGCUGGUGGAGAUUAAACAUCAAGUAAAGCUGGUGGAGCUUAAGAAUCAAGUAAAGCUGGAGAAGCUUAAACAAGAGGGAAAUAUCGUGCUUUCGAGAGAACCCAUCUCGGCGAUGCACGCGCAAAGUCAACCAGUCUCCUCCUCCGACUUCAUCAAAAGCACACGCACAUCAUGCAUAAAGCCUUCUGAGGCAACCUCGUGUCAGUCGUUAAAAGCCCUCGCCUGCUGCUAA